UCUCGUGUUCACCACGUGGUCUCGACAGCCAGCGGGGACCGGGCGUGCACGGUCUUGUCUGUCAGUCCGAUCGAUCGUAUUGAUGCUACCACUUGUAUGUAAAGGCGACACUGGGGACGCGUACAUUUGCACUUGGUAGCAAGCCUCGUCAGCAUGUCUGAGCGGCUGUGGGGUGUACUUAAAGCCCGAGGUGUGCAGCGUGACACAUUGGAAAAAAUGCAGAACGAAAAGAUUGACGAGGAUGUCAUUAUUGAAAUGACGGAUGAAGAACUCAGCGAGUACAUUCCUCGUAAGGGUGACCGAGUUGUCGUUAAGGCUUUCGUCCGGAAGGAGAACAGUGAAACUCAAACUCAGAAGAGGAAGUUUACACUGCUCGAGAGCUUGAGGUCCCGAAUGGCAGGAAAGUCAGGGAAAAAAACAGCCAGACUUGUAAGUGACAGCGAGGAAGAAUAUGAGAGUUCUGCCCCCGGGCCAAGUGACGGCGGUCAGUCAAACAGCACGCAGAAAUCAGCAGAAACAAAGAGGGGCCCGAGAGGCAAGAAAGCGAAAGAGGCAUCAAGAAGUUCAAGGUCCCUAAUAGUCGGGUUCUCUGUUUACGAGGCUACAGAGUCCAGGUACAAGCAGGUACGCGCCCCAUGGUUAGAUGUCUCCACAGAUGUGCAUGGUAGCCAACCCGUUCACGAGAACGAGACUAUUCAACAUUUGAUCGACAGACUUGGUCUAAAACACGUACGAUGCUAUCUCCUGGCCAAAUCAGUAGACCUGGAUGAAGAUAAGUCAGCAAGUGACCCUGCAGAAGACAGCCUGGAAGAUCUACCUGAUAUGUUUGCUCACAGACGUCGGAGAGGAGAGGAAAACCUCAUGCCAACAGCCAUUGAUUCGAGCCAAGAGGAGGUACCGAGCACAAGUGACGGCCACCACAUUUCUCAUGGGCAACCUAACUCGGAGCGAUACCGUCCGUUGAAUCAAGGUGAUGAGAUGACAGUUGACAAUGAAGUCAUCGUGCAGACUGCUGAUGACUCAUCGCCCUCCAACAACCCACUGUUGUCCGAAGCUGCUGAAGACCGCGUUGAAUUAGAUGUCUAG